UGGCGGGCACAGUGGCCUGCAGAGACUCGAGGUGUGGAGGGCAGAGCCAGGGAGGAAUGAGCAUGUCUUGGGACCCCACAGCCAGGCGCCAUCACCGCCUAUCGCUGCUCCUGGUGCUGGUGCUGCUGUCACGAGCCGGGGCUCUGCGUCCUGUGGAGCUCUUUCCUUACGGGGAGUUGUGGGGAGAUCGGCUGCCACGGGAGGGCGACGUGGAAAGCUCCCCAGCUGUGAAGCUAGCAGUACCUCUAUGCUUCUACUGUGACCAGUUCAGCAACCUCUACGUGGGCACCAAUGGCAUCAUCUCCACCAGGACUUACCCACUUCCUCCAUACCCACUUCUUCCUGGCCACCUGGGAGCAAGUGGGCGCCUAGGAGGAGGACAGGCUUGGGGCUGCAUGGUCUGGAGAGGGGAAUUCGGUGGGGAAAAUUCUGUAGCUUUCUUGUUUUUUAACUUUUCCAAACAUCCAUAUUGUUCUUCAGACAUUGCCAUAGGCUGA